ACCACACGCGGUCGUUUGACUGGGUAAGAUCAGAUUUUUGUUUCUUAUAAAAUUACAAUUACAUCUUGUGAUAUCGGUAACUGUAGCGAGAGAAUAUUCCACACAACAACAAUCCGUACACAUCUCACUGAAUGAUUCAUUAGACGUCACAUUGUCGUCCACUAGACGUUCGUUAGACGUCUCUCUGUGUAGGAUAAUACCGAUUCUAUAUAGGAGCAGUAAUAUAUUCGGCAGAUAGAGCUAAUAUUACAAUUGCGUAAUAUUUUAGCUAUUGUCCAAGGAAUAUAUUACUGUGAUUCUACUGUGGAAUCAGUAAUACACAUUCAGUGGACAGUUGCUAACAUAAUAAAAGUUGUGUACCUUUAUGUGAAACGGGUCCUAGAGCAAUCAACCAACUUCGGGUAGAAGUCGAUCAACUUAGGAAUUGAUCAAUUCUCAAUCAACUGAUUUUCCGACCGAUUAUUCAUUUUAUCGGAUAACAUCUUUACUCGAAAAAAAUGAUGGAGAACUGCAUCAUAGGAUAAUUGGAUUAUUGGUUUCCGAAUUUUUCAAACAUGCGGAAGAUUCCCGCCACGAGAGAAGGUUUUUCUUUUUUUCAUAAACAGCAAAAAUUCAUUACUUUCUAUCACUGUCCUUGUAACGUGUGUACGGCUUGCAACAAAUGCGAGGAUAUGUUUACAUGGUUGCUGUAACACGAACACGACCCAUUUUCGAUUUAGAUCGACUCUGUGCUCUCGCAUCGAGGAAGAACCUCGAGCUUCGCCAUGGUCCGAUGGCGUGCGCGCGACAUCGGAGAGAGAAGUCAUUUAACUGCGCACCGCAAUUAGAGAUCCUUUAUGCAAUGUCAAGCGCUCCGUUAUAUGCCAGUUACGGACAAUGAGUACGUACGAAUUAUCGCGAAUGGUCUCGUUCAACGUUCGUUAAAGAUGCGAGAGCCAGGACGGGAUAACUCGAGUCAAAUGGAUUUCCGUUGCUUUCUCAAACACGUGCUAAUAUGACGGCGCGUAAUUUUUUGCAAUAUAUUAUUAAAAUUUACUGGCAAUUAAUGAUAAAAAAAAAAGCACGCAAUGUUGAUACGCGAUCGGUUUUACAAAUGUUCUCUCACACAUAAAGUUGCAUAAAGUUCUGAUAAUAAAUCGGAUCUAAAUAAUCCGUGCAAAAAUUGCAUUCGCAACAUCGCUUCUUUCGUUUUGCCGCUUCUUCGCAUCCUUCUCUCUCUCUCUACAUUUAUCAAUAUACAACACAUACAUCAAUAUCUAAUCAGGAUGUGUAUAUCAGUAUCCAAACAAAAUGUGUACAGAUUAUCUCGAAUUGUUUAGACCUGACGCAACUUUAUGUGAGAAAAUAUAUGAAGUUCAAAAAACCAAAAAAAUGAAAAAAAUAUUUAAAAACAAAAGAGUAAUUUAUUCGUUGUUUGCUAGAACGAUCGAUUUUUUGAUGUCUGAGAUGAACGCUUAUGUUUUUCCCAACAAUGAUGCUAUUUACACGCUCUCGGCACGGCAGACGGAGGCGGAAGGAACACGAGCAAGAUCGCCCAGUGAUUCCACCACCACCACCGAUCUUCACGUCGUCGUGGUGUUCCCUAAUGUCGCACAAGGAGCACCUCAGUUACACGCCACGGGGUUGAGAAGACGGACGGCGGUGCUUCCCCGCUCCAGAGCUUGAUGCGCGCGGAUAAAAAGAACUUUCAACCCCCCCGUUUGUGUGUGGAUGUGUGUGUGUGUGUGUAUGUUCGCGCGUUCGAAGUUAAUUAAUACGAAAAUAAAUAUUUGUUCCGCGCGCCGCAACCGCGUCGCGGCGUCAAGUGAUAUUAUAGUGUAUUAUCGUUACGACAACCUGUGCUCAACUCUUUCCCCCGCUCUCUCGAUGACGCUUAACCAACAUUGGCACGUGCCGUCGUAACAAGAGACUUCGAUAAUUAUUUAUUCAAUCGCUCGCCAUAUCGAGAUUAACACGCAAAGUUUCCAUCAACAAUUUUUAAGUUUUGCGUCGCGACCCGGUAUACGUAUUAUUAUUAUUAUUAUUAUUAUUAUUAUUACCGGCGCUUCUUCGCUGAUCGCUAUAUAGUUCUUCAAUUUAUUUCGUUCGCACGAUCCAUUACGGAAAUUAAAAAAAAAAAAAAGAGAAAAAUCGGUAACUCGGGAGCAGCGCGUGCAACGUGUUAAACGCGAUCAUGCGGAACACGUUCGUUCGCAAGACAAAGCCAACUUCUUUCUUCGUUUUACUUCGCGGUCGUACGCAACAACGCAUCCGCAACUUCGCGUGACACGCAACAGCCGUAUUAGAUGAUAUCGCACGGAAAUCCAUCUUACGCGGUCGCGUAUACAUAGCUGCUCUAACUUCUUCGUAAGUAAUGGACAGGAAACACGGAGUGUGUUAACGUACGCCACGCAAUGAGCGAUCGAUCGCACGCUCGUUUGUUCUUUCGAACGUGCAACAGACGAUACGCGAUAAAAUAUCUAUAGUUUGGAAAAAGAUUGUCAUUAAUUAAAAAAAAAAUUGACAUAUUCUAAUAUCGGAAAUGUAAAAAAAAUUAUGUAAAUCGAUGGAUUUUUCGCUUGAAAAAACAAGGAAAAUACGAAGUGUGUGAUGUCUAACUACUAGUGAUGCACAAACGGAGACGUUGAUGUAAGUUACACUGAAACGCAUUAGUGUUUAUAGAGGCAAUUGGAUAAUCGCACAAUGACACAGCAGUUUUAAUACCAGAUUGUUUCACUGAUUAGAUUCACGUUGAAAAAAAAAAACAAAAAACAAAAGAAGACACCGAACCAGGACAUCUCUUCAACAUCUUAUUGUUUACAGUUUUACGAAUGUUGACAAAGUCUACUUUUGUAGAGACACACGUCGGAACAUCAAUAUGAUGAAGUAGUCACAUCUGUCGGUCCCGAAAGUGGCGCAAUGUCUCCCGACGAUUGUCCCGGUCGAUUUCAUUAGAAACGAUAUACAAUGUCUUAAUAUCAGAAAGUAACGAAGAUAAUGCAUCGUAUCAUCCGCCUGCGUGCUCGGCGACGCUAAUAAGAAGUUCCGCCGACCCCUUUUAUUGCGAUGGGAUUUAUGUCGAACACGACAAUCGAUUCGUCGCUCGCGUAUUCGGAUUAUACCAGUCCGACAAACGCGUCGUCCGCGGUCAGCGCGGAGCUGAAUCUGCCGUACACCGUGUGCGAGGUCCUGGUGGCAAUAUGCGCCGUCUUCGGCAACGGUCUGGUGAUCAUCGUGUUCAGCAAAGAGCGCAAGCUGCGGAGACGCACCAAUUAUUACAUCGUCUCGCUGGCGGCGGCCGAUCUGCUGGUCGGAUUGUUCGCGAUCCCGUUCGCGAUCCUCGCGAGCAUCGGUCUGCCGACGAAUCUCCACGCCUGCCUCUUCACCGUCUCGGUCCUCGUGGUUCUCUGCACCAUCAGCAUCUUCUGCCUGGUCGCGGUGUCCGUCGAUCGUUACUGGGCGAUACUGUAUCCUAUGGGAUAUUCGCGUACCAUGCGCACCAAAACUGCCAUAGGUAUAAUAUGCGUUUGUUGGGUCGCGGGCACCUUGGUGGGUUUCUUGCCGCUCUUCGGUUGGAACGUCGGCGAAACGAGCGAUCACCGAUGUAUCUUCACGAAAGUGAUGGACUACGACUACCUCGUGUUCCUCUACUUUGCCACUAUUAUCUUCCCCGCGCUUCUAAUCGCGGCGUUCUACGCCCACAUCUAUCGGGUGAUCGUAAAGCAGCUACAGCAAAUCGUCACGAUGGAUCCUACCAGCGGCCGUGCCGAUAAUAUCGGGGGUGGUCGUGGUGGCGUUCGCCGUCUCGGCGGUCUGCGUUUACGUGGCAAUCAUCAUCAGACGUCGGGGACGAUGCUGCGUGUUCUCGGGGCGGCGCGCAAACGAGAGGUCAAGGCCACGCAGAAUCUCUCGCGUAUUGUCCUCUUCUUCAUCAUCUGCUGGUUCCCGUUGUACACCAUCAACUGCGUGAUGGCUUUCUGCCCGAACUGCGAGGUGAACGACUUCUUCAUGAAGUUCUGCAUCAUUCUCUCGCACAUCAACUCGGUCGGCAAUCCGUUGCUCUACGCUUAUCACCUCAAGGAUUUCCGCGCUGCGCUGAAGAACUUCGCGAUACGACUGUUCUUCCCCAAAAGUGACGUCAAAUCCAGCGUCAUUAGCGUGAUUCAAGACCGAGGAUCCCUUGUCGGGUCGCAGAGACAGCUUCAGAGGCAACUCAGCGGUUAUCCCCAAUCGAGGAGUCAAAGGUCGAGCCUGUUACGCCAGGUAAUCGAUGACACGAGAAAAACGGGUAGAUCGUAUUCCGAAAGACGUGCCUCAUCGAUACGGGAGAAAGAAACUCAGCUAACCGCUACGAACAUUGAUGCUACCACGCUGACUGUAACUACAUCUCUAAUUAUUAGCAGUUCCACACGGACGGCGGUGGGACGACUGAGCGAGGAGUUAGGCAGCGAUAGCGAUAUCGACGAUAUCGUCAAUCAAAAUGAGAAUAUGACCGACUGCAGAAUCUCCUCGUCGAUGGAAUUGCAAACACACAAAUCAUUGGCACCACUUCUAUACGCGGAGGGAAACCACGUCGAGGAAACACCGCCCGCGUCGAUCUUCGUGAUCGAGGCCGAUGUGGUAAAUUACGAUGAUCAUCUUCGCUUGUCUUCGGAAGAGUCCCGAGAUAAGAUCGACGUGGCGGAUAGCUAAAGUGACUAUCGGAAUUUAUGUAUGCACACGAAUAGAAAAAAAAAUACUAGAAGAUAAAUGAUAAAUCUCUUCUCGAAAACAGACUAUAGAAACAAAUUAGGAUGUUUAUAUGUUUUUUAUUUUAUCUUUUAUUUUUACCAACUUGUUUU